CCAAAGGACAGGGAGUGAGCGAGAGAGAGGAGGGAGAGAAGGAGAGAGAGAGAGAAGGAGAGUGUAGAUCAAAGACUGCAGAAUGCAAAUGUCAUGUCAUGUAUGUUGGGAUUUUGCCUGAGUGCUGCAGGGCUGGAAAGCUUCGGCUCCCGAUUUUGGGUGGAAUAAACCAAUCACCUCGCCCCACCUGUUUUAGAGAUGAGGUGAUCAAUAGCCCAUUACUGGAUACGAUAGACACUAUAGGGAGUGCACCGAAAAUUUGAAAUCAUUCAUUAUGCAUGCUGUGCUCAUUCUUUAAUCUCGGAGCAGGGUGACAGGGUUUGCGAAGAUGACCGGGGGAGUUUCUUGCAGAGAGCAACUGCAAUGAAAUGCUUCACAUCCCCUAGCACAGAGGCAGCCCCGACUCGAGUCGGCUCUUGGGGGAAGAGACGCACUCCAAGCCUGGAGCCCAGAAUGCUUUAUCCGAACGAAUCUUUGCGAUGUGGAGAGUCAGCUCGCCUUCUGUCUAACCUGUUUUCUACAGAGCCUUGGCUGAAGGAUGCUGGCUGUGCUUUCCUCUAAGGUCACAGCUUGAAGUCCUUUUAACUUGCUUUCUGCUGCCAGUGGCUUCUUUUGGUGGACUGCUCUCGCUUCCCGUCACUCAGAUGUCCAGUUUGGAAUAGGUGUUAUGUACCGAAGGACAGUAGGUAACGCAUCCUGUGAGGUCUCUUAGGGUUAUCUGACUACCCACUGCCAAGCAAAAACUCUUCUGAUGGUACCAAAUCACCCCUGAAUACAACAUGAAAAUGUGGUUCUUGAUCAGUCAACUCCUUACUACAUGCUUCGUUUUCUGCCUAGCAGUGCCAUCCAAACGGCAGGGAUUUUCAGCCUAUUCUUUCCAUGUUUCAGAAGAAGGAAAAGGAUAUGGCCCGAUCUUUGAAGAGCAGCCAAUCAAUACCAUUUAUCCUGAAGAAUCACCGGAUGGCAAAGUCUCCAUGAACUGCAGGGCUCGAGCGAGCCCCUUCCCUAUCUACAAAUGGAAAAUGAAUAACUGGGACAUUGACCUGACAAGUGAUCGUUACAGUAUGGUAGGAGGCAACCUUGUUAUCAAUAACCCUGACAAACUGAAGGACAGUGGAAAAUACGUUUGUUUAGCUUCAAAUACCUUUGGAAUGGUGCGAAGCAUUGAAGCCUCGCUGAGUUUUGGAUAUCUUGAUCCUUUUCCACCAGAGGAGCGCGCUGAGGUCAAAGUGAAGGAGGGAAUCGGACUGGUGCUUCUGUGUGAUCCUCCUUACCAUUUUCCAGACGAUCUAAGUUAUCGUUGGCUUUUAAAUGAGUUUCCAGUAUUCAUCACUAUGGACAAACGGCGAUUUGUGUCUCAGACUAAUGGCAAUCUCUAUAUUGCAAACGUAGAAGCAUCUGAUCGAGGCAAUUACUCCUGCUUUGUAUCUAGUCCUUCAAUUACGAAGAGCGUGUUCAGCAAAUUUAUACCACUCAUUCCCCUAUCGGACCGCACCACAAAAGGAUAUCCCGCUGAUAUCAAAGUUCAAUUCAAGGACACGUCUGCAUUGGUGGGGCAAAAUGUGACGUUAGAAUGCUUUGCACUUGGAAACCCCGUCCCUGAGAUCCGAUGGCGGAAGGUGCUUGAGCCCAUGCCGGGCUCUGCUGAGAUCAGUAUGUCCGGCUCUGUUCUCAAGAUCUUCAAUAUUCAGCUUGAAGAUGAAGGAACCUAUGAAUGUGAAGCAGAGAACAGUAAAGGAAAAGAUAAGCAUCAGGCAAGAAUUUAUGUCCAAGCGUUUCCUGAAUGGGUUGAAUAUAUCAAUGACACGGAGAGAGAUAUAGGCAGUGACCUCUACUGGCCUUGUGUAGCUACAGGCAAGCCCAUUCCUACAAUCAGAUGGUUGAAAAAUGGAUUCCCAUACCAGAAAGGUGAAAUGAGAAUAUACGGCCUGACCUUUGAUCACGCUGGAAUGUAUCAGUGCAUUGCAGAAAAUACUCAUGGAGCCAUUUAUGCAAACGCUGAGUUGAAGAUUCUAGCCUUGCCUCCCACAUUUGAACUGAAUCCUAUGAAGAAGAAGUUCUUGGCUGCAAAAGGAGGCCGCGUUUUAAUGGAAUGCAAACCAAAAGCUGCACCCAAAGCUAAGUUCUCAUGGAGCAAAGGAACAGAAUGGCUUGUCAAUAGCAGUCGGAUAUCUCUUUGGGAAGAUGGUAGUCUGGAAAUCAGAAAUAUCACAAGAAUGGAUGGAGGCACUUAUACGUGUUUUGCAGAAAACAAUCGAGGAAAAGCUAACAGUUCUGCAACUCUUUCAAUCACAGAUGCUACGAGGAUUAUUUUAGCACCUGCUAACGCUGAUGUCAUUGUGGGAGAGAAUGCUACAAUGCAAUGCUACGCAUCGCACGAUCCUGUUCUAGAUCUCACGUUCAUUUGGGCCCUAAAUGGCUACGUGAUAGAUUUUAACAGAGAACAGAGACACUACGUGCGGAAUUUCAUGAUAGAUGCCAAUGGUGAACUGAUCAUUAAAAAUGCACAGCUGAAACACGCCGGAAGAUACACCUGUAUUGCACAGACGAUUGUUGACAAUUCCUCUGCAUCGGCUGACCUUGUCGUGCGAGGUCCUCCAGGCCCACCAGGGGGUGUGCGAAUAGAUGACGUGAGAGAUACUUCAGUAGCGCUUACGUGGAGCCGUGGAACAGACAAUCACAGCCCUAUUUCUAAAUAUUCCAUCCAGUCCAGGACCAUUCUUUCCGAUGAUUGGAAAGAUGCUAAAACAGAGCCUCCAAAUAUUGAAGGAAACAUGGAAGCAGCCCGCGUGGUAGAUUUAAUCCCCUGGAUGGAGUACGAAUUCCGCAUAAUAGCAACCAACACACUGGGGAUAGGAGAGCCCAGUACACCGUCCAACAAAAUUAAAACGGAAGGUGCCGCACCUACCGUGGCUCCUUCGGAUGUUGGAGGAGGAGGUGGAAGCAAUCGGGAAUUGACCAUCACAUGGGUGCCUUUGUCAAGAGAGUACCAUUAUGGCAGCAAUUUUGGUUACGUGGUGGCUUUCAAGCCUUUUGGCGGAAAGGAAUGGAAAAAAGUGACGGUUACUAACCCAGACGCCAGCCGGUACGUCCACAAAGAUGAGACGAUGUCUCCUUCCACGGAGUUCCAAGUGAAAGUGAAAGCGUUCAACAACAAAGGGGAUGGUCCAUUUAGCCUGACAGCAGUCAUUUACUCUGCGCAGGAUGCUCCUAAUGAAGCUCCAACAGAAGUCGGUGUAAAAGUCUUAUCGUCUUCUGAGGCCUCUGUUUCCUGGAAACACGUUCUUGAAAAAUCUGUGGAAGGUUAUCUGGUCCGCUACUGGGCCAAUCAAGACAAAGAGGAAGCUGCUCAGAGAGUGCAAGUCACUAGUGAGGACUAUUCCGCUAAACUGGAAAACCUGCUGCCCAACACACAGUACAGCAUCGAGGUUUGUGCCUACAAUAGCGCAGGCUACGGGCCGCCCAGCGAGAUGAUUGAGACCGUCACGAAGAAAGCACCUCCCAGCCAGCCUCCGAGAAUUAUCAGUUCCAUCAGGUCUGGUUCACGCUACAUCAUCACCUGGGAUCAUGUUAUAUCUCUCUCAAAUGAAUCUGCCGUACAAGGAUACAAGGUACUCUACAGACCCGAUGGACAACAUGACGGCACCUUGAUUUCAACUGGUUCACAUUCAAUCGAAGUCCCAAUCCCCAGGGAUGGACAGUAUGUUGUGGAGAUUCGAGCGCACAGUGAAGGAGGAGAUGGAGUGGUAUCUCAAAUUAAGAUUUCAGGUGCAACCGGAAUAUCACCUAGUCUUCUUGGCUUAUUGCUGCCCGCCUUUGGCAUUCUUGUCUACUUGGAAUUCUGAAUGUAGCUGGAUUGUUCUCAACCCAGUGCAAAGAACUCUCUUCAAAGCUGAGGACCGCGAUUCUUUUCUGACUCCUAUGGCACCAUCCAAAGCCAAAAAAAUUACCCUUUAAACAAGCUAUCCAACUGAUUUACAAUGAACUCUUAAGAGGAUUGAGGCAUCCAGGAACCCCUUCAUCGAAUGAAUCAUCUUUGGAACAUAGACAAAAUGAUUUUUAACUUGUUCCAGUAUGCCUUAUAAAACACUUAUGCUGAUCUUUGAUGGUUGCAUGAUUCGAUCCAAUGGGGCAAGUUACAGUGUUAAAAAAUCCAAUAAUAUAGGCUGUACAGUGAAAGUAAAUUCACCAUACAUAGGUGCUUUACCUUUAAUAACAAAUUGUGAAAUAUACUAGAGAUUGAAACGUUGAUUGUAAGUGAUAAAUGUAAGAGUAACUCCGUUCGUCCGUACUAUCCUAUACGUUUUGUGUCCUGCAUAUUUCUGAAUGACCUCUGUCAUUCGUGAGACUUCUGGAUUUUAGAGGUACAGUCAAAGCAAAAACGUUCACUUGAGUUUUAUUUAGAGCUUUAUUUGAAAGAACAAAUGAAUAUUUGGCUUAUUCAAAUCGAAUUCAGCUAUGGGGGAAUUCCAUCGGUUUUGGUUUUGUAUACUUUAAAUCAAAAUUGAAGAUCUGUGAAAUUCCAAGGUCAGUGUAA